CUCGUUUCCACUGCAGCUUCCAAUCUUUAUCGAUUCAUUCGAGCGCUUAUUGCUUUUCUCAUUAAAUAGCCAAUAUCAUCGAGAUGCUGGCCAAUUCGAACGGUUUACGGAUGGAAAUCAUCACCGAGCCCUGGUUUCCGGAAGUGAUCCAACACCUUCGGCGGACGUUCUUCGCCGAUGAACCGCUGAACAAGGCGGUAAGCCUAUGCCGUCCUGGCGAUGGUCACACGCUUCUUGAAAAGCAUAGCCUUUCCAGCCUCCGGGACGGGAUCAGUGUAAUGGCGGUAACCGCCAGCGGAGAGAUAGCUGGAGUGGUCGUUAAUGGCAUUCUCCACGGCAACGACGAUACGAGCCGGGCCCUCGAUAAGCUGGCGACAAUGGAUGAUGACAAGUUUCGUAAAAUUUUCACUCUCCUUUACGAGGAGAAUCUGAAAAUUGACCUAUUCGAGCAGUUUUCGGUGGAGAAAAUAUUUGAAAUUCGCAUCCUAUCUGUCGACUCCAAAUUUCGAGGCCAAGGGCUGGCCAAAGAGUUGAUGCGGAAAAGCGAAGAGGUGGCGCGUACGCAAGGGUUCCGGAUCAUGAAAACGGAUGCGACCGGAAUGUUUUCCCAGCGUGUCGCCAGUUCGCUCGGUUUCGCGACCAGACACGAGGUACUGUACGACGACUACUGCGACCAGGACGGACGUCCGGUUUUCCACGUGGGUGCACCGCACGAUAGGUUGAAAAUCAUGUACAAGGCGCUCUGUUAAAAAAGGGUCCGGAACGGCGUAACUAAUCAAUCAAAAUACCACUUUUGCUCAGUGUGAAAAGCCGCCAGGAACCAAAGGAACAAGAAAGGAAAAACCAAAAAGAAACCCGAAUCGUUGUUGUUACUAAGCUGUUUUAAGCUAUACUCAUGUUAUUGUUGCAUCGGUGUCCAAUGAAAGUCCGUACAAUAGAAGCAAUAGUUGUUGUUCUCCCGACAUACCAAGUACUAUAACUAAGUACAUAAUCGCAAAAACUGGCGGCCAGAAAUUGGCUUAUUUUGUAAGGAAACGAAUGCACAAGGAACAAACUCAAGACAUGAAACCAUCCAAAUAAUGAUAGACUAUUGCGUUUGUAAGCCCGGGAAAGCCAUAUGAAUAUGGAGAAAGAUUGAUCCUUUGCAAGGAUAUUAUUUUUUAAGCACAGAAAACUAGAAAAUGGACAAAUAAUGAUAUGCUUAAGGUUUUUUUUUAAAUUAUUCUUACCCAGUGCUUGUUGUGUGUCCCUUCGUAUGUCCUUAUUGUGUAUCUGUAUGUGUGUUAAUAAUAGUUUUGAUACUAACUAUCACCCCUCGCCUGCCUCAUGGAAAAGCAAUGGCGGAAUGCAUUUGACAAUAAUGGAACUACUACAGCGAAUAUAUAAAUGUUACUUGUGUUCCGAAACAAUUUCGCCACAUAUUCCCCCCGCAUGAUGGC